UUUUCUCUCUCAUCGAACAUGAGUGUAACAAGACGAACCCCAAAGCCUGCAAAAACACACAGAAUCUUUUCUUUGGUUUUGUGGACCGGUCUACAAUCUCACGUGCAAAACCAAAUUAUACACAAUCUCUCCCUAUAUCUCUACUUUUUCUGAACUCAAUUGUUUUCGAUUUUCUUCAGAGCUUCUAUUGUUAAAAAAUAUAUCAGCUUUAUAACCCUCACAAGCUUCUCGUCUCUUCCAUAGAUCAAAACCACACUUUUUGAGUUUUUCUGUUUCCUUCUUCUUCAAUUUCUGAAUUCUUUUGGAUUUUUUUUUAUAAAUAAAAUCUUGUAGAGGGAGGAUAAUAACAAGUUUGAUUUCCCUAGUGUAUCUUUACCUUUUGCCUUGUCUCCCUCUCGAGACAAAAAGAGAAAGACAAACACUUUCUGUCUUCUUUUUUUUUUCCUCUCUUUCUCUCGCUCAGACCCUUUUCAUAUUCAAGUGUAUAUUUCAAUAAUUUUUUCUAGCUAACUAUGGCCUUGGAGGCUGUUGUUUACCCGCAAGAUCCAUUCUCCUACAUCUCUUGCAAAGAUUUCCCGUUUCACGAUUUGUACUUUCAAGAAGAAGAAGAUCUAGAUCCACAAGACACCAAGAACAACAUUAAGCUAGGGCAAGGACAAGAACAUGGGUUUGCGAGUAAUAAUUACAACGGUAAAAGCGGAGAUAACAGUGAUGAUUAUAAUUACAACGAAGAGGAUCUUCAAUGGCCACGAGACGACCUUCCUUAUGGAUCUACCGUCGAUACCAAGAACCAGCCUCCGCCGUUGGAUGUGGCGGUAGGAGGGAGGAGGAAGAGGAGAAGGACGAGAUCUUGCAAGAACAAGGAAGAGAUCGAGAACCAGAGGAUGACUCACAUCGCCGUCGAGAGAAAUCGCCGGAAACAGAUGAAUGAGUACCUCGCCGUUCUCCGUUCUCUCAUGCCACCUUCUUAUGCUCAAAGGGGAGAUCAAGCGUCAAUCGUAGGCGGAGCCAUUAGCUACUUAAAGGAGCUUGAGCAUCAUUUACAAUCAAUUGAGCCUCCGGUGAAGACCGCCGCAGAAGACAACGAAACCGGCCGCGACCAGACCAACACAAUCGUUGCUCCUAGUUCAUCGGGACCAUUCUCGGAUUUCUUUGCAUUUCCUCUGUACUCGAGCCAGCCUACGUCAGCGGCAGCGGCUGAGGGGAUGGCGGAGAUAGAGGUGACGAUGGUGGAGAGCCAUGCAAGUCUGAAGAUACUUGCGAAGAAGCGACCGAAGCAGCUUCUUAAACUGGUCGCAUCAAUACAGAGCCUAAGGCUCACUCUUCUUCAUCUCAACGUCACCACUCGAGAUGAUUCUGUCCUCUAUUCCAUAAGCGUCAAGGGACCAAAAAGAUGACAUAUGCCUACACAUGUGUGAAUGUGUGUGUAUAUAUAUGUGUGUACUGUGGAAGUUUGGUGGUCACAGAACUGGGAUGCACUGUGCACGGCAGAACGAAAUGACGCCACUUGUUUUAGGACACAUUCAUAAGCUUCUUCCUCGAAAUAUAUAACAUUUUCUUUUAUUAUUUUUUUACUUUUUGAGUUACUAUAUCAACCUUUUUCAUGUAACUUAAUAAUCAUUUUUUUUCUAACUUAAAAAAUAAUGGGUUUAUUCAGGUUGAAGAAGGUAGCCAAUUGAAUACAGUGGAAGAUAUUGC